CUCAGUUUAAAUGUAUAAGAUGAACUUCGCUACUUCGCUUUAUCAUUUAGUGCAAAGGUGACGCAUGAUGGAAACCUUAAUGUUUCUAGUGUUACUGUUCGGAUCAGUAGUUGCUGCUGACCAAUGUCAUGUGAAAUCAACAAGUGGAACAGACUUCAUAUUUGGAAUCCCUGGGACAUACGGAAACCCAACAAGUAUUCAAAUUCUACUGACAACUACUAGUAGUGCAGAUGUGAGGGUAACCGCCCCUUCAUUGAACUUGGAUAAGCACUAUGUCUUUACAAAACAUACCACUAUUCCAAUAGCAGUAACUGGGACGCAUCAACCUAAUGGAACACAAUUCAAAGCCAUUGAACUGCAUUCUAAUGCACCGAUCUGGGCCGCUGUCAUGUUAGGAAAUGGAAACAAUUUUGAAGGAUUUCUUCUUGUGCCACGCAAUGUUUUAUCGACAAAGUACAACGUAGCUUCUUAUCCGCCGUACCUCUAUGGAAAUUACUAUUUCAGUGAAUUUCUUGUAGUAGGCACAGACAGUGAUACUACUGUAGAUAUAGAUUUCCCUAAAACAUUUUCUCCCGCACCGAACGGACGAACAUCAGUUCAACUUCAAAAGUAUGAGACAUACUUGUUCAGAAGUUUAAGUGACGUCACUGGUGCGAUUAUUACAAGUGACAAACCGGUGGCGGUAAUUUCCGGUGCUUCUUGCGCUCAAGUGCCAGCGAAGGUAGGUGAUUGCCAGUAUUUGGUGGAACAGAUGCUUCCUACCGAUGUUUACGAUUUUAAGUUUAUCAUACCUGCAAUUCCUCCUACAAAGAACUAUUACGUACGAAUUUUUGCUACCAACGACAACACAGAGGUUAAUUUCCACAAUAGUUCAGAACAUACCUCAACAUUUAUCAACGAAGGAGAGCCGCUAGAGAAACAUUUCUACGAAGAGCCAACGAUACUCCUCGCGGACAAACCUAUCUCGGUCAUUAUGUACUCGGAAAACCCAUUUAUGAUGACAGCCCAAGCCUUAACACAGUUCCAGUCUGAGUACAACUUUGCCCUACAGGGUGUUUACGCACCAAACACGUUAGCAGUGACCAUCAAAACUGCUGAUAUUCCGGAUCUGUAUCUAGAUGGAAGCAGAACAGCAAUUGAUACUGCUAAGCGAAUUCAAGUUUCCACACCCUUGCAUGAAUACACAACCCUUUACAUUGAUGUUUCUCAAGCCACUAUUCAUCGACUUCACCAUGCGAAGAACGCCAGGUUUGGAGCACUUAUCUAUGGGUUGGCUAGCGCCAGUGCUGCUUACGGUAUACCACUGAAACUAACGUUGACAAAUACAGCCUGUUACCAAGGAAACAACACGAACAGCACUGUCAGCUAUCCAGGUCAAGGCCAAGGACUAGGUUCGCACAUAAACUACAAGCCAAUAGGGAACGGUGUCCAUUGUUUCAACUGCGAAGACAUGACGCAUCUUAAAUAUUGUGACAAGGUGACAACGUGUUCCGGACAAGACCAGGUUUGCUACGUGCAAAGUUACAGCAAAAGCUUGAAUACUAUAAGGUACAGAUCAGGCUGCAUUGACAAGCACAGGUGUACUGCACAUGGGCAACAUGGUUGUAUGGAAUGUUGUAAUGGCAGUUACUGUAACACAUACGGGUGUGGAGAUGACGGUUUACGUGGCCUUGAAAAUCGUGGACCGUUUUGUUUCGACUGUCGGCAUCAGGGUGCAAAUGAUGUUUGUGAAACUGUGCAGCUCUGUUCCGUAACAGAGAUAUGCAUGAUAGAAAAGUACAAGUGGGGAGACGACGACAGUCACUUCAUCAUGGGCUGUACGGACGCUCAGAUGUGUAGUGACAGAAAACGGUCCUUAGCGACCGCUUCUUUGGAGAGGACAAACAGAAACGUUCCAGUGUGCUCCAAAUGCUGUGACACAGAUUUUUGCAAUAUCAACUGUACAACGGACAAUAAUCCAUUGAAUAUCAUUGGUUGAUUGCAUGACUGAAAUUCCUUCACAUUUAGUCUGAAGCAACUACCAAUAAUAAAAAAUGAAUGUGAAGAGAUUA